GAGCCGAACCCAUCUCCAUUUCAUUUUGCGAAUCACCCUCGGCGAGACCCGGACCCGGACCGGAGCACCAUCCGUCUCCGGCAUCUUAACCCGCCGUCCGUGCCCCGUCGCCCACCGCUCAUCCCCGCCGCGAUGGGGAGCGUAGACCUGGUGCUGAAGCCGGCGUGCGAGGGCUGCGGCUCCACGUCGGACCUCUACGGCACUGGGUGCAAGCACACCACGCUCUGUAGCUCCUGCGGCAAGUCCAUGGCGCUUUCCCGCGCCCGAUGCCUCGUCUGCUCUGCGCUCAUCACGAACCUCAUCCGGGAAUACAAUGUGCGGGCAAAUGCCAGCACAGAUAAGGCAUUCUCUAUUGGAAGAUUUGUAACUGGUUUGCCGCCAUUCUCAAAGAAAAAGAAUGCUGAGAACAAAUGGUCUCUUCAUAAAGAAGGCCUGCAAGGACGGCAGCUUACUGACAAAAUGCUGGAGAAAUACAACAGGAAGCCAUGGAUUUUGGAAGAUGAAACUGGUCAAUAUCAGUUUCAAGGUCAUAUGGAGGGAUCACAGUCAGCAACAGCUACAUACUAUUUGUUAAUGUUGCAUGGCAAGGAAUUUCACGCAUUUCCUGCUGGUUCCUGGUAUAACUUCAGUAAAGUUGCGCAGUACAAGCAGCUGACUCUGGAAGAGGCCGAGGAGAAGAUGAAUAAGAGAAAGACUAGUGCAACUGGUUAUGAACGUUGGAUGAUGAAAGCAGCUACAAAUGGGCCAGCUGCCUUUGGUUCAGAUAUGAUGAAACUUGAGCCUGCUAACGAUGGGGAAAAAGAAAGUGCUCGUCAUAAGAAGGGAAAAGAUAAUGAGGAGGGUAAUAAUUCUGAUAAAGGUGAGGAGAAUGAAGAAGAGGAAGCCGCUCGUAAAGAUAGGCUCGGGCUCUCUAAAAGGGGCAUGGAUGACGAUGAGGAAGGUGGAAAAGAUCUAGAUUUUGAUUUGGAUGAUGACAUUGAGAAAGGUGAUGACUGGGAACAUGAAGAAACAUUCACCGAUGAUGACGAGGCUGUGGAUAUCGACCCAGAGGAGCGGGCAGAUUUAGCUCCUGAAAUUCCUGCUCCACCUGAAAUUAAGCAGGAUGAUGAAGAGAAUGAGGAAGAAGGUGGCCUGAGCAAGUCAGGAAAGGAAUUAAAGAAGCUGCUUGGUCGUUCUUCUGGACAAAAUGAGUCGGAUGCCGACGAUGAUGAUGAAGAAGAUGAUCAGGAUGAUGAGUCAUCUCCAGUCCUUGCUCCAAAGCAGACGGAUCAACCAAAAGAUGAACCUGUUGAUAACAGCCCAGCCAAACCUACACCUUCAUCAGGACAUGCUCGUAGUACACCUCCUGCAUCGAAAUCCAAGCAAAAGAGGAAAUCAGGUGGUGAUGAUGCCAAAGCAUCUAGCGGUGCAGCUUCAAAGAAAGCAAAGGUGGAAUCUGAUACAAAAACAUCAAGUAUCAAAGAGGAGACACCAUCUUCCUCAAAACCUACACCAAAGGCCUCUGCUUCAUCAAGAAGUGUCAAUGUAUCUCCUGUGACAGAGGAUGAGAUCAGGACCGUUCUUCUUGCAGUGGCUCCUGUCACUACACAAGAUUUAGUCUCCAGAUUUAAGUCUAGACUACGAGGUCCAGAGGACAAGAACGCCUUUGCUGAAAUUCUGAAGAAAAUUUCGAAGAUACAGAAGACUAAUGGCCACAACUAUGUUGUCCUUAGAGAGGAUAAGAAAUGAUCAGCUCAAAAGUGGCCAUUUCCUUCAUUGCGAAGUAUCCUCUUGUGUCUUCAUGGGGAUAAUAGUUUUGUACUGUAUUAUAGUAUUAGACGAAUUUGGUCUUCUGACAAGUAUGUGCCGAACUUCUACCCUUGCUUCUACUAGAAAUCAAAUAACUAGUUAGUGCCUUUUCGGAACCUCUCCAGUCUUGAAACUCUGCUCCGUGUAAUGAGCUCGGUUUGAGCCAUUCCCUGCAAUUGUGCUACUGCUCCCUCCGCUCCGGCAGCUGCAGUUGUGGAGCGGAGAGCAUCCGAACAGGGCCUUAGUAUGUUGUCAUCUCCCGGAGUAUUCUAGAAGUUGGGAAUUACAAGGUUAUGAUGAUGUGUGAGAAGAGAUAUAUUGAUGCCAAGACAGUUUUUUCCGUUUGACCAGGUUCUUUAAACCUAUGAAUCCAAAGAGUAAAAUCUAUAACGAUGUUCCUAAGAAUAAAGUUUCAUUGUGUGACUCAGUA